UGUAUUGUGUUUACCAUUUUAUUUUAUUUGCUUUACAUGUAUAUUGUUUAAUAUAAUGAUAUACUUAUGGACGAACUAAAAGGUCCAACAAUCCAAAUAGUUUUAAAUGUUAAAGAAGGACUUGGUUUCGGGUUCUUGAAAUCGCCCUUCGUCGUGAGUGGCUCUCUGAACGGAUAUAUUCUAGAAACUGAUCCUGUAGUGCCUGGACAUGCGCCGGUAUUUGAUGCAGAACUUGUGUGGGAAGCAGACAAACGUAGAUUUCGAAGUUUAAGAGUUCAAAAUGUGCCAGUAAAAGUGGAGGUCUUCACUCACCACACUGAAGGCAAGAAGGAGAAAGUGGGAUAUUUGUUACUGAGUUUGUUAGGAGCCCAGCCAUGUCCAGCUUCAAGGAAUGUAGAUAUAAAGCACACAUGGCACAGGCUGCUUGGAGUCAAAUCAGAGGGUAAAUGUUGUCAUCCUCAGCUUCUCAUGAGUUUGUCUGUAGAGGACAGAAUAAACACCCCUACACCACGUAAUGAUCUCCGUUUGUUUCAUUGUAAUGAGACAGCAUAUCCAUCUGUACAUGAUCAUGUAUCAUCGAGGCCUAUGCUGCUAACAUAUGAGGAAUACAUAGGAGAGAGCAAAAGAACAGUGUCAACACCAGAACUCCAACCAAAACUCAUAUGUGAUGAAGGUCUAAUUCAAAUUGGAGAUGGAAAUGAUUAUUUUAUUCUUGGCAUUGUUAUAGGAUCAGUUGAAAAUAUAGAUUUGUUGCUGCCAUCAAGUGAAAGACAGAGUGAUACUCAAGUUGCAGUGUCUUAUACAGUUUUUACACACAAUAUCACAACUGACAGCGUAUCCGUGAAGCGAUCAGCCGCUGCGGUGAAUGUCCGCACGUCGCUGCGGCUGCGGUCGUCGCUGCCGCAUCUCGCGCGGUACUUAGCCGACUGCCCGCACUUGGUCGUUACAGUACGGACACAGGACAGUGAUAUAGGAAUCUGCAGCUUGGACCUCCGUAAGCUAAUACCGAGCGAUGACGUCACCGACUUCACAAAGUUCUGUGACCGAGACAAGACGUUGACGAUACACGAGAGAUGUUUUCUAAUGCGCGUCCACAGCGGCUCGGAGAGCAGUCGCCGGCCGUAUAUAGAUGUGGACUUGAGUUUACAGUAUAUGGCCGGGAAAGCGGUUGCACAGAAGUGUACAGUGAAGUCAGCUCGGAGUGCGACGCAGCUGCGGAGCGACCGCGGCGCUGCGGACGUGCGGACAAGCGGCAGCCACACGCACCUGCCAGCCGCCGACAACAUGACUGCCAACACGAAUAUAUUAUCUGAUACUAACACUAACAGAUAUACGAACGCUGCGGGCGACGCGAUACAAACGAGCGAGAUAGCCGACAUGAUACGCAAGAUGUACGAGUCGUUUACUACAAGCAGGAAGUUAGAAGUCCCCAGACCAGUAAAUGUGGAGAUACAAGUUGAACCUGUAGUUGUUGAAGAACCGGUCAAAUUGACGAGAAGCACAACCAACUCAACAAAGUGUGUUGGAAAUGAUGAAAGCGUGGAAGUAAAAACUACUUUACCUCAAGAGGAACGCGUUGCGUUGAUGCAAAAAUACGUCGCAGAACUGGAAGAUUGGAAAGAGAAACAACAGGAACUGUUCAAGUGUCAGCUGAAACGCAAAGAGGACUACCAUUUAGAACUACUGUCAUUGGAGUGGAACAAACGUCGUGUGGAACUAGAAAGACAGCUGCGAACCAGCGUAGAGCGGUGUCAGGACCUCGCUGCCGAGCUGAGUGAAGCAACUGAGGACUUCCGACAGAAGGGACAUAAGAACGCGGAGAGGGAGAAGAAGCUACUAGAAGCGAAGAAGACCUUAGAAGCUCACUUCACGGCGAAAUACCAGGAGCUUCGCGAAGCCUCGCUGAAAAUGCAGGACGAUAUGAACCACCGCCUUAGACUCAAGGACAUGACUAUAGAGGAGUUGCAGAUGAGAGUGCAACAGUUGGAGAAGCAGAUUGAUGGGUUACAGAGCAGCUUAAAGGAGGCAGAGAAGGAUGCAGAGAGACGUGUUUCGGGAUUGAGUAAAGAGCAAACGGCGAGUUUGGUGCAGGAAUUGCGUUGCAUGGAAGAGAAGCUGGAGAGUGCUAUCCAAUCGAAGGCGUUCUUCAAGGAGCAGUGGGGGCGGGCGGUGCGGGAGCUGCACCUGGUGAAGCUGGACACGCGAGCGCGGUUACUGCGGGAGCUACGAGCGAGUCGCGCUAGCGGAUUAAAUAUUACUAAAGAUCAAGAUGAAAACCUAAUGAACAAAAAUUUGAGUUCUGCACUGAGAAUAAACGACGAAUCGUAUUUAGACAUCAUGACAAAAACUUCAGAAAUAGACGCACACUCUGUGACCGGAGCAGCUUAUCCUAUUGACAUUGAUGAUAAUCUGGAAACGUAUGACACCAAACUUACAACUAGUAAGAGCAGACUGGAAGAACUUAUAGCAGAGAGAGAUAAGUUGGUGCAAGACGACAGUCCCGAUGAAGCCACCAUUAAACAGCUGAACCAUGACAUCAGGAGUAUACUGAUGAGCUAUGGCACUUGAUAUCAGCCUAAAAGUUCUGCUAGCUGUAUAAUAAAGAUUUUGAAAUUA